AUGGCGCCCGAACCCGUCCAGAUAUCGUCAGUUCCGAGUAUAACCACCAACGGCACGCCGCCUGAAAGAUCGGGGACACUAGCCAUAGAAGCCAUAAAUCCGGCAUCGCCUCGAAGGUCUCCAUCGCCUUCCGUUCUUCCUCCGCUACACCCUUCCUUCCUCCCAAAAGGGUUCGCAGACGGCCUGCUGGCCGCUACUCGACGCUCCAUGAGCCCAAACCCAAGAUCCAAUCCUGACGUCCUCGACGACGGGACAAGUCAGAAUCCAGCUGCGAUCCUAACCUCACAGGGUGUCAGCACUAGUAAGCCCACUGAUGGCCCGACCAGUGCCGCCCCUCCAGCUCCUGGCCCUAAGCUCGCACCGAUAGAAACCGGAGCCAUCGGUCGCCUAUCGUCUGGUGGUCCGAGCGCUCCCGCCAGUGCCAUUGAUGCUCUAGUCUCGCCUCAUAGUGCAACGUCAGGAUCUGCUGAGAGCGGCUUGACUGCUACAGCUGGACUCGGGAGCGAUACUUCACCAACAAGGCCCCGGCUUGGUAGCAUCUCGGAGACCUUGGGACAAAGCUAUGUUGGUAGUGCAACUCCCACAACACCUUUCUCUCCUGUGGAUCCUCGGGAUCAUCGACAAUCUGCGUCCUACCCGGAUCCAAGAGCGAGCAUAUCUUCGGAUCCAAGGGCUAGCAUCUCUUCUGCCAGCGGGUCUCGAGGGAAACAUGAAUGUCCAAAUUGUCACCAAACCUUCACACGACAUCACAAUUUGAAAUCCCACCUUCUCACCCACUCUCAUGAGAAACCUUUCCAGUGUAUCACCUGUCAGUCUAGAUUCCGUCGGCUGCAUGAUUUGAAACGACAUCAGAAGCUACAUACCGGUGAACGACCACACGUCUGUGAUAGCUGUGGCAGGCGAUUUGCUCGUGCCGAUGCCCUUGCUCGACAUAAUCGUGGUGAAGGAGGGUGUGCUGGUAGAAGAAGCAGCAUGACUGGUCUUGGUGAAGGUGGAUACGAUGGCACAGAUGGCAUGGAAGGUAUUGAACACACUGGGGAUGAUGAGGCAAUGCAUGACUACCCGGAAUCGCCCACUAGCAGGAAGGCGAUGAGUUUACCAAAUGCGAGGUCGCGGCAUAGCUAUUCAAGAGCACGGCAGCAGGCACGACAGGCGCAGAACCUACAGCCAGCUCCGUUGCCACCUCGCUCUGCUUCAAACCACUCAUACCCUCCUAUCAACCCUAAUAUGCCUUCCGCAUUCAGUGCUCCAGCACCGCCAAGCAUCAAUACUUCUCAACCGAACGCGCCUUCAAUCCUCCAACAAGGUGACUUGACUGAUUCCCCAAGAGCACUCUCUCCUAGCAAUCCGGGGUUUCCAGUACCACCACACGAUUCGACGUCCUUGGGACCUAUUAGAUCGCCAUCGUUCUCAUCCACUCCCUUCCAUCAGCAACAAUCGAUAGACAAUAGCCGUCGUCAGAGCACGGUUGGACCUGGCUACAGUUUACCUCAGCCAAGCCAGACGUCUCCUCGUUCACACAAUGCAGGCCUCCCAGGUAGCUUGUCACGCCCUGGAUCAUUUUCUGGGACCCAUCUCGCUCCACCGGACGCCCUUGCUGGUGGACAAUCCAACAUCUUUAGCUCUGGGGAUCAAGGGAUAUGGUCAUAUAUUGAGAAGCUCGAAAAACGAAUCCGCGACCUAGAAGAGAAGAACUCCGGGAUGGAAGCUAGGCUACAGGCAAUUAGUACUGAGCGUCAGUCGACCGGCAUUCCACCCACACAGCAGCCAGUUGGUCAAGGACCAGAAUCAGUCUAG